ACCCUUUCUCAGAUUGUAAUUCUAAUGACUUCCCAUGCACUAUUCUCAAGAGAUCUCUCCCGCAUCAGUGUGGGUUGUUAUCUAGCCAGUUACCUCAGAGUGCUUGUUGCAUUUUUCCAGGUGGGCAAGAGUAUCGCAAACAUGUUGAGCUUCCUGUUACAUGGUCCUCUGGUGAGGCUGUGUAUGGGGCUCGUGUGUCUCCUGUCCCUUUGGAACACAGUGUCUGGUAUUAAAGGAGAAAGCAAGAAAGAAAAGGGAAUGGUCUUCUUAUCUACAUCAGUGCCUGGCCCUAGAGGAGAAGAGAAGAAGGAAAAGAGGGUGUCAUUUCUUGCUACCACAGAGCUACCUGCCAGGUCGGUGGAUCUGUCCGCACUCAACCUGACGGAACUAGUGAAUGGCAUGUUGAGCAGAGCAUUAAGAGAUAACAGGAAGUUCUUCUCCUUGCUCAGCAUUACUUCCUACAGCUCCUUCGCCUUCCACAAGCUCUCUGUGGCCAUUUACAACAUUUCUAAGCUGAAGACCAUGGACCCCUCCAAAUUCCCCACCAGAUACUGCUAUUGUUUGAGCAACAGGACAAAUGACUUAUCAGACUUCUCAGCCCUACUGGUGGACAUCAUUGGAAAUUCUACCACCUACCUCACAGAAAUUUUUAAGUCUACCUCCAUCCUCUCAGUGAGUCAGACCAACGGAUCCGACUGCAUCUUCAUCUGUGUGAUGACAGGAAAGUCAGGAAGGAAUCUUUCUGACUUCUGGGACAUGGCGGAGAAACCCCCUGUUAUCAAUUACACGUUUGCCAGCAGUAUGUCUGAUGUUCUGGGUGAGUCUACCAGGCAAAUGGCUGUGACUUCCACACCCGUAACCACAAGCCAGCCAAGACUACCAAGUACAAGCUCCCCACACCACGGCCAGAGCCCUGGAGUGUCUGCUCUGAGGACCUCUCCCUGGAUAGAGACAACUAUUCCUUCAGAGGGAGAGGACACCAUGACCACAGGUAGGCUUCUGGAGCUUCCUCUCACGGCCACAAGCACCUGGGGUGGCUCCUCUCACACCGUCUGUCUUAGUUACCUACAGCUGACGGAGGCUGGAACCCCACGGGUGGGUUCCACACGACUCCUGCCCUUGGCUCAGAUCAUUGGUGAGAAAACACCUGGAGGGCCUCCCUGGAAGACAGCUUCUCCGACAUCACCUCCAGAGGUUGAGGAGAGCAGGAACACAAGGAGCCUGGCGGGCAUGACUGCCAGGACGGUGGCCACAGCCAGCAGCCAAUUCCAGACCAGCUCCACUUCAGACCAAGAUGAAGAAGGCCUGAGCUCUGAACAUCAGGAGAAAAUUGUCAAGUGUAAUCCCAAUUUUGACUGGACAGUGGCCAGGGUCCUCUUUUCCCAUCAGACUCUCCAUGAAGAGGUGCAGGCUUACCUCUCUCACCUCCUCCCAGGAACAUACACCCCUGGCACCCAGACUCCAAGUCCAACCAAGGCACUGGCCCCCAAAUAUCCACAGACAGGUGAUCUCCCUGCCGUGUGGCCAUUUACCCCUGGGGAUGAGCCGGCCCUGGUCCCACGACUCCACCAGGUUUCAAGGUGUCCUCAACCGCUCCUUGAGGGGGCCAUGACAACUGUCCCCCUCCCCCUGGCCAUCCAGAAGAUCAACCCUUGCCUGAUGGAGCUGUGUCGCUUUUUCCAGCAGUGCCUCUGCAUGAGCCAGAGGAAGACUCCUAGGACAGAGGCCAUGAGGUACUGUCUGGACCGCUAUUCCUGGUUCCUGAAGAAUGCAACAUACAUCUGUCAGAGGGUGAAGAGGGUGUCCCACUCCCACACAUUAAGGCAAAUGUGCCUUGACAACAUCUGCAAGUCUGUGUGA